CUCGGCCGUUAGGUAGUCUAUACUACCGUGCGCAGUACGCCUUUCGUUAGUUCUCCGUACAGACGCGUUUCGUAGCACUUGGCCUUUGGGUUCUCGCCUCUCGCAGACUCGGAAUUUCAUUUUCGCUAGACAACUCCAUUUAAUUUCUCUCCUACUCUUUGUCUUUCCUUUUUGGGUCUUCUGGACCUUCUGGUUAAGCAGAAGAAGAGGCACCAACGAACAAAGGCUUGAAAGGUGAACGUUUCUCUGAAUAAGAUCCUUAACUAUUUACUGCAUUUGAUUUGCCCAAACACUGAUGGCAGUUAAAUACAAGUGGGGCAAAGGAAAAAGAAAGAACCAGAGUAGCAAGAUUUAAUAUGUCAAGUCCCAAGACGUUCCAGAUUAUAAUUGCUUGAGAGAUGGCAGUAGCAGUGAAUAAUAAUAUUUAUCAACUGAUGUUUGCCUGCAAAAUUCCGCUCUUUUAUGUAUUUUCUUAGCCUCCAGAAGUAAACAAGAGGAAAGAAGAAUGUCUAGGGGUCAAUCUCAACCAAGAACUCAGUCUGGCAGGAGAACCCUAGAAAGAUGCAAAGAGAAAGACAGAAAUGAUUCAGUCGUCUUCAUUGAUGUCGAUACUGCUAAUAUUAUUAUCCUUGAUGUUCCAGAGUCUUCUCAACCUUCACCUCGGGGUACCUUGAUAUCUGGGAAAGACAAAAGUAUCCCAUCUAGCAGUGUUAUUAGCAUUGAUGAUGACGAAAUCUGCAAUGAUGGUAGUCCUAGAAAUGGUGUUGAAGGUUGUGGUGAUGGGGAUAGUGAUGCCACCUCAAGCAAGAUGUCUCGUCAUGCUUCUAACCAGUUGCAUAAUUCUGAUGAAUCAGAUGGUGAUGAGUGUCAGUUCAUUUGGGAAAGAAAGUUCCCUGUGAAAUUAUCAAAAUGCAAGAGGACAUACUCUGGAAAAACCGUCCCCAGAAAUUGCUUUACUCAAAAUUCUGUUUCUGAGAGCUGUUCUGAAAGUGACAAUUCUGACUGUGAACUUAUGGAGGAUUCUUUUGGAAAUAUACGUGAACAGUGGGAAAAAGCUUCUCUAAAGAAAAAAGGCAUGGAGGGUGUUCAACAUGGAAAAUUUGGUACACAAGAUCAGGCUAGUUCUUCUGGAUCUCAUACUGACAGUCAAAAGAAUGUUGGAGUAGAAAACAAGGCUAACCAUCCUGCACAAUCACCAGUUCAUUCUAGUUCAAGCAAUGGUUAUGAUGAAAGAGUCAAGAUUUCUACCUCAGUUACUAAUGGUGUUACUGAAGGGACUUCUUGCAAACCCACUGGGAAAAAGCUUGUUGAUGAUCUGGAUAGAAUGCUAGACAAGGAAAAACAAUUUUCUCAGAGAGAGGAUGGCUUUCAGGGCAGAAGAUUUGGCCAUGUAAGAGCUUGUCCUCAGGAUGGAGAAGCAAGUAUUGCCAAGGAACCCUGUUGGUUCAACACCCAAUCAGUGGAUCAGGCAGACUUUAUCCACAGGAAUGUUAGCGUCCAGGACAAAAAGGCUUAUUUUCAGAACAUCCAGCAUUUCGAACAGGUUGAUAAUGAAACUGUUGUUUGUUGGGAGAAAGAUGACAAGUUUGAUGAACAAUCUCCUUCGUACAAUCAGUCAUCAAAUGAUACAAAAAACCAAAGGGCUAGCUUUGAGGAGGAACCAGUUUCAGGAGAACAAUGUUUCUGCAAAGUACAGCCAUGUUGUGGAGCAGGGCUUGAUCAUGAUUUAGCUUUUUCUGUGGAUAAUGGUGGACCAACUUUUGGGAUGUUUUCCUGUAACUCUCAAAUGAAUGAUGAGUUAGAAGUCAAUCAUGACAAAGCUAAUUGUCAGGACAAAGGUAAAGCUUUUGUUGAGGAAACAUCAAUGUGCAAAACUCGGCAAAAUGAAAAGCAGGAUAAUCGCAUGGAUGGGAAUCAACCACAUGAUGAGAGAAAUCCUCCAUUGCAUAUGCAGGAUGGGGAUGGUACACUGGAUGUUCAGAAUUAUAUAAUUGGUAAAAGAGAGAAGUUAAAGGAAACUGAUGAGUACAAGCAUGCUGCAGAAGAAGAAUGGGCGUCCAGACAACGGGAACUAAAAGUUCAGGCAGAAGAAGCACAGCGGUUACGAAAGAGAAAAAGGGCUGAAACUAUGCGCUUAUUGGACAUGGAGAGAAGGCAAAAGCAAAGGGUAGAAGAAAUGCGAGAAACACAAAAGAAGGAUGAGGAAACUAUAAAUCUGAAAGAGCAACUUCGUGUUGAAGUAAGAAGGGAACUUGAGAAAUUGGAAGGGCGAUAUACUGAUAUGGCUUCACUGCUCCGUGGCUUAGGCAUCCAGGUUGGAGGUGGUCUGUUUCCCUUGUCACACGAGGUACAUGCGGCUUAUAAACAAGCCUUGCUAAGGUUCCAUCCAGAUAGAGCAUCAAGAACUGACAUACGCCAGCAGGUUGAGGCAGAGGAGAAGUUCAAGCUUAUUUCUCGCUUGAAAGAGAAACUUUUACUGACAGCGUAAGGCAUGAGUUGCAGGAUUAAAUUUUAGUGAGUUCACUCUGUCAAAGUGGUAUAGCCUGAAGAAUGUUCUGGGAGCAUCUGUCACUCCCGGCUUCAUGAUUUCUCAUAUGGAAGUCAUUGUGUUAUUUUUAGCUAGAUUUUCUAACCCUAGGGGAGAAACUAUUUCUGUAUAGCAAGAGCGUAUUUUUGUUAUUUUUUAUGUAUCAUGGGCGAAAGAAAUUGAUGUUAACUUGUACAAGCAUUGUGGACACAUUAUUGUAGAACCGCUGGACCUCAUGCAGCGAACAUUCAGGACAAAGCAGAUGCGGUAUUUUAGGUGGUAGGCAGUAUUGGAUGGUCCAUUGGUGCUCUAUCAAGAGAGGUGUACCGUGGUUUUCUGAUUGUAAUUUGUGUCCGGAUUGUCUCAAAUUUUCAUUUGUUUGGUCACUGUUCCAUAAAGGCAUGUAACCAUUAUACCAUGAAUCCAUGAGAUCGACUCAAAAGUUUGAUAUAUGCAUCAAUCGUGUAGUCAGAUUGUUGGUUGUUUGACGGA